GGGGCGGGCGGCGGGGCGCAGGAGACCGCCUGCACCCGCUCGCCCUCGCCCUGCGGCUCCGCCGAGGGCGAAGGGGUGACCCUGCAGCGCUCCAUCACGCUGCUCAACGGCGUGGCCAUCAUCGUGGGCACCAUCAUCGGCUCCGGCAUCUUCGUCACCCCCAUCGGCGUGCUGCGGGAGGCCGGCUCGCCGGGGCUGUCGCUGGUGGUGUGGGCCGUCUGCGGGGCCUUCUCCAUCGUGGGUGCCCUCUGCUAUGCUGAGCUGGGUACCACCAUCACCAAGUCUGGCGGGGACUAUGCCUACAUGCUGGAGGUGUACGGCCCUCUGCCCGCCUUCCUCAAGCUCUGGAUAGAGCUGCUCAUCAUCCGGCCCUCCUCGCAGUACAUCGUGGCUCUCGUCUUCGCCACCUACCUGCUCAAGCCCAUCUUCCCCACCUGCCUGGUGCCCAACGAGGCUGCCAAGCUGGUGGCCUGUCUCUGUGUCCUGCUCCUCACGGCAGUGAACUGUUACAGCGUGAAAGCCGCUACUCGUGUGCAGGAUGCCUUUGCUGCGGCAAAACUGCUGGCGCUGGCUCUGAUCAUCAUUCUUGGCUUCGUGCAGCUUGCAAAGGGUGAUGUGACAAACCUGACUCCUGAGAACUCCUUCAAAGGCACAAAAGUAGGCGUGGGGAACAUCGUAUUAGCUUUGUACAGCGGUCUCUUUGCCUACGGAGGAUGGAAUUACUUGAAUUUUGUGACAGAAGAGAUGAUAAAUCCCUACAGAAACCUGCCUCUGGCUAUCAUCAUCUCACUACCUGUAGUCACUUUGGUUUAUGUGCUGACAAACUUGGCUUACUUCACGACCCUGUCGACGGACGAGAUGCUGACGUCCGAAGCCGUGGCUGUGGAUUUUGGGAACUAUCACCUUGGUGUCAUGUCCUGGAUCAUACCCGUCUUUGUUGGCUUAUCGUGCUUUGGAUCUGUUAAUGGAUCUCUCUUCACUUCUUCCCGGCUGUUCUUCGUGGGAUCCCGAGAAGGACACUUGCCGUCAAUCCUGUCUAUGAUUCACCCCAGGCUUCUCACUCCCGUGCCGUCCCUCAUCUUUACGUGCAUCAUGACCCUGCUCUAUGCCUUCUCCAACAACAUUUUCUCAGUCAUCAACUUCUUCAGCUUCUUUAACUGGCUGUGCGUGGCUCUGGCCAUCAUCGGCAUGAUGUGGCUGCGUUACAAGAAGCCAGAGCUGGAAAGGCCCAUCAAGGUGAACAUGUGCCUGCCCAUUUUCUUCAUCCUGGCCUGCUUGUUUCUCAUUGCCGUUUCCUUCUGGAUGACGCCAAAGGAAUGUGCGAUUGGCUUUGCAAUCAUCUCCAGUGGGAUCCCUGUUUACUUCUUCGGGGUCUGGUGGCAAAACAAGCCCAAGUGGGUUCUCCAAGGCAUCUUCUCCGCAACAGUCCUCUGCCAGAAACUGAUGGAAGUGGUUCCGCAAGAAUCAUAAGCGGGAAAAGCAGAGACAUUCAGCUCAAGGAAACGCACAAUAUUAUUUUAAGACGACACAAGGAGAAAACGCUUCUGAUCCCUCGUAAACGAAACCUAGGCACU